CCAGAACAGUGCAAUACUGCUUUCUCGGGUUGCAGAAUAUAUCGACGACCUACGGCAGACCUCCUUUUUCGUGCAUGAGCGCCACCGCUUCGCAUUGAGAUUCUCCCGAGGCUUACUCCCAUCAUGACAAAGUCCAUCUGUUUCGACGUGAUCGGCACCUGCUUCGACUUCGCAGGCCCCAUUGCCGCCAUCCGCGACCGGCUCGGCGACAAACUGCCCACGGCGAGGCGCGAUCCGACCACCCUGUUCUUCUCCUGGUUCUACGCGGCCCAGCGCGACUUUACGUACAUCUCGCUCGCCGGCGCCUACAAGCCGAUCGCAGAGGUGCUCAAGCACACGCUGCGCCGGGCGUGUCUGAUUGUCGCGGACGAGCACACCCUCCAGGGGCAGGGCGGUGCCGCUGCCGCUACCGCUGCGAGGCAACUCGUCAGCGACGAGGAUGGGCUCAAGGACUGCUUCGACGGGCUGAGAGGAGCGGGAUGGGACGUUUAUGCCGUCACGAAUGGCGGGGUCGAGACGUCGCUGGGGUAUUAUCGUGAUGCUCGGAUCGCGCUGGACCGGGAGCACCUGCUGUCCUGCGACGACUUGAAGGUCGCCAAGCCGGACGUGAGGGUCUAUCAGCGCGCGAAGGACCAUCUCGCGAGGCAGCAAAGGGGGCCGAGCAAUGGCGGUGCACAGCGAGAGAAUGGAGAGAGGUGGUUUGUCGCGGCGCAUGCGUGGGAUCUGAUUGCCGCAAGGGCUGCCGGCUUCAAGACGGCUUAUCUCGACUUCGAGGAGCACGACCCGGCCACGGCGGUGUUUGGCGAGUUUGACGUUUAUGCGAAGGACAUGCGGGAACUGCUGCAAAAGAUGGAGCAGUUCAGCUAAGGUGCAGAAGCAGCGCGAAAUCCCGCCUGUUUAAGCUUUCAGACAUGACAGGACUGCAGGCACUUGAUCGAACAUGAAAAGGACUCGACUCAAAUGACACUUGCGGAUAUACUAAACACGUAGCACUCAGUAUGUGUUAAGGUUGUCUCGUCACAUCACGUCACAUCAUAGGAGAAAAGUAGUCGCUCUGUUUUAUUUGGACGCUGUAUUAGCCUGAUUGAUGAAGUAAAGGGUUUUCAAGACAUUAUCGCCUAUCUAACCGCAGGUGGCCGGAUCAUGGCAGCUGAGUCUAGAAUGCAGAUCAGGUUGUGGAUUCCCAGGACAGUAACCCCGAAAUCUACUUGUUGGCUGAUAUUGGAGGCUGAAAAUCGAUGCUCCGUUCGGAC